AGAAGAGACCAAAAAAAGAACACCAUUUGCUUCAGACAAAAGCACUUUUCCUGCAUGCUAAAUCCUUAAUGUUGUCUUUAUUUUCUUUAUUCCUGACUGUCCCUUUUUGGGUUUCUCUGCAUUCAUUUUCCUGAAUUUGUGCUAUAAAAUCUGUUGAUUUUUCUGGGUUUCUGUGUUGUUUUAGUGGGCUAGUUUUAGUUUUAGUUUUUUUUUUUUUUUUCUUUGAAUUUGAUGAAAUGGAAGGUGCUCACCGUUACCGGAAAUUGUCCCUUUUAGAGCAGAAAUCGGCAGUUGACAAAAGCCGGAAUACUCUGACAGGCUUAACUCUCGAUGCGGUGUUGAGCGGUACCGGUACGGGGAUGGGCACCAAGCAGCAGCGGCACCACCACCAUUCGCAUCAUCAAAGCCGAGCACUUCUUGACAUAAUCCGGGGCGAGGCACCGCAUAAGGACAAGAAAAGCUGGAAGAAUUUCAGGGACAAGCUCCGGCUAAAACGUGCUGGUGCUGCUUGGAUGUCGACCAUUCAUACCCCGACCUCGGAUAUCUCUAUCCCAAAUAACAGAUCCCAACUCAAACGCCGCUCCUCGUUCAAUCGCCCUGAAGAAUCCUUAGAACCAAUCCCGAUCUCUGAUCCCCCGGCCCCCACAUCUCGCCCGCAGCUCACUUACCGGAGCUCCACAAGAAUCGGCAUAAGCUUGUCAGUGCACGACGAUCAUGCGGAUAUUGGUAUGCCAUGCGACGGUUCUCCGAGAUGGAGUUUUAGACCCCAAAUAUCGCGUCAUAAUUCGACUCGUUUUCCUGGCUCUAAUGAGGACGACGACAGCGCCUCGGAGAGACGCCGACUUGGGGAAGCAUUGACAGAAAUGCGUGUAAUGUCUGCGCGAGAGGCGGUGGUGGCCCAGGAAGCAGCCGAAGCGGAAGCUGCCGCUACAGAGAAAGAGGAAGAGGAGGCGGAGCCGGUGAGAACGUCGCUGAUGGACUUGCUAGAGGAGAACGACAGGGAAAUGGGACUGACGGGGUCGAGGUACGCCAUGGGCGACAGUGACGAGGAGAAGGAGGAGGAGGAGGAGGAGGAGGAGUACUACGAUGACGCUGUGGAGGAGGACAGCGGAGGGAUUGAGUACCCCUGCUGCGUGUGCAUGGUCCGCCAUAAAAGUGCGGCUUUUAUCCCCUGCGGCCAUACCUUCUGCAGGCUAUGUUCCCGGGAGCUCUGGGUUCAAAGGGGAAAUUGCCCACUUUGCAAUGGCUUCAUCCUGGAAAUUUUGGAUAUCUUUUAAAUUGUAAUUCUUUUAAUAGAGGGAAAAAAGAAUUGGGUAAUGAACUAAUGAUAAAAUUUUCUCCCAUACUUGAUUGUGGAGUUAAUUACUUUUUUUUUCUUUUUUUUUUUUGUUUGUCUUUUUAAUCUGAAGAUAUUGUUGUGUUUAAUUUUUGAGAUAGUAAAUAAGAAUUUCUGUA